CCAGCUCAUCUCCCACGCUCACCCACUACGCUCCAAAAAAAAGGGAAAACAUCCAAAACGGAAAAUUCAAAAUAUGUGAAAGCGAAAGCGCCUCGGGAACCGCACUAGGAAGUAGAAGAAGAAGCAAGAAGCAAGGAAGAAGGAGGAGCAAGCAGAAGAGCCAAACGAAGCAGAAGCAGAAGCAGCAGCAGAGAAGCUCGAAGCAGAGAAGCUCGCUUUCCUUUUCCACGGCCGGUUUCCCUCUCCUCUGAGCAGAGCGGUCCGCUGCCUCUCGCUCCGGCCAGCACUGAAGCUGUUAAGGCAUUACAUCCUCUGUGACUUGUGGGUGUGGUCAAACCAUGCAGACCCCAAAAGCGAGAACUGGUUUAGAAGUCCCUCAGAGAGUCUCUCCCCGUGCUGUACGCCAACUGAAGACAACCACAUCGGAAUCUGAUUCUGCAUCUUCUUCAAAUCAAGCCACUAGAACACCAAAAGAAAGAAGUCCCAAGGUGGUUGAGCGCAGGUCACCUAGAAGCCCGCUAUCUGAGAAGAAACGUCCAUCUCGAAUAUCGGAGUUGGAAUCUCAGGUUUCACAACUUCAGGAGGAGCUGAAGAAAACCAAGGACCAGCUAAAUUUUUCUGAAUCUUGCAAGAAUAAAGCCUUGCAAGAUGCAGAGGAAUCCAAGAAGCAGUUAUAUGACAUAUCUUCAAAGCUUGAUGACUCAGAGGAGCGUAUUGUGGAGCACUCUGCAUCUGAGGAAUCUCGUGUAACCGAGUUUCAAAAAGCCUCAGAAGAACGGGAACAAGCAUUGCAGUCUGAGCUUGAGGUUAUCCAGAAGCAGCUAUCAGUUGACUCAGCUGCUCUAGCAUCAGCUGUGGAUGAGAUUCAGAGGCUUAAAACUGAGCUGGAAAUGGUUGCACAGUCUGAGGCUGCGCAAACAAAGCACGCAGAAUCAGCAAAUAUGGAGCUCCAAAGCUUGAAAGGGAAUCUGGCCGAAACUCUGUCACUGGUAGAAAACAUGAAAACCCAGCUUAAAGAUUGCAAGGAAUCAGAAGCACAGGCCCAAGUACUCAUUAAUGAAACCCUGUCGCAGCUGGGUACCGCCAAAGCAACCGUGGAAGCACUCAGGUUGGACGGGAUGAAAGCUGUGGAAGAUUACAAUUCAAUUACUUCUGAGCUGGAUCAGUCAAAGGAACGCGUGAACUUACUCGAAGGGUUAGUUAGCAAACUCAAAACGGACCUCGCACAUGCUGGCGGGAACAAGAUUUCGAAUCCUUCAGAUGAUAUGGAUCUAGAGCUGGAAACUGGCCAACAUCAGAAGACCAAAGAAGCCAACCAGCUGGAAGAAGAGCUUUCUACUCUUGGAUAUGAGAUCAGACAUCUGAGGUCUGCACUUGAAGCUGCUGAAAGCAAACACCGUGAAGACCAUGCUGAGAGCACUGUGCAAAUAAAGAGUGCUUAUGAACUGAUGGAGCAGAUGAAAUCCGCAUCAGGUGCCAGAGAAGCUGCAUUGGAGGCAGAGUUGUACAAAGCAAGAGCUAAUAUUGAAGAUUUGAAGGCGCACCUGAUGGAUAAAGAAACUGAACUGCAAGGCGUUCUAGAAGAGAAUGAAGGGCUAAGUUCAAAGCUCGAGAACACCCUGUCCCUCCAGAAAGAAUCCACACUGGAAAGGGAGCUGAAGAAACUUCGGGAAGAGUUAUCAGAAGUGAAAGCAAAUCUGAUGGAUAAGGAGACGGAACUGCAGCAUAUAUCAGAGGAGAACAAAACAAUGAAGCUAGAGCUCAAGAAGGGGGAAACUGACAAGGCUAAGAUGAACGAUGAUGUGGCCGCACAAGUAGAAGCAGCAAGAGCUGCAGAAAGAGAGGCUCUCACAAAGCUCAGCUUCAUCAUGGAGGAGGCAGAAAAGAGCAACCGGAGGGCAGCAAGAGUAACGGAGCAGCUUGAGGCAGCACAGGCGACAGGUACGGAAAUGGAGGGUGAGUUAAGAAGGUUAAAGGUGCAGUCUGAUCAGUGGAGGAAAGCUGCAGAGGCAGCUGCGGCGAUGCUUUCAACUGGGAACAAUGGGAAGUUUAUGGAUAGAACUGGUUCUCUUGACAGCAGUUACAAUCCUAUAACAGGCAGGAUAAGCUCGCCUUAUGCAGAAGACAUGGAUGACGAUAUGCUGAAAAAGAAGAACGGGAACAUGCUGAAGAAGAUAGGAGUACUCUGGAAAAAACCACAAAAAUAGGAGAGAAUGAGUCAGCAAGUUGAAGAGGAGCGAUUGUAUUGGCUUCAGAGUCAUUACUCGGAUCUUCUCCGAAGUUUGUAGUAGGAUGCAACAGCAGAAGUACUGCAGUUUACUUAGUACGCCCCCCCGUUGAGUACAUAUGUCUUGGCGGUGGCCAUUUCGGGACGGUAUGCAAUGUUGCAUACAAUUAUGAGUUUAUGCCUUAGGUUAGAAGGAUAUCGGUUAGGGAGAGGAACUUUAUCAUUCUACUUAACUAGUUUGGCUGCAUCAACUAUGGAUUUGAGAUGUUCAAUUACUUGGUCCCAUCAGCGACCUAGGUGUUUGGAUUUCUUUUGGCUACUCGAACCCCUUCCUUCCAUGCUGUGGGAAUGCUGUCUCUAUGCUGUUUCUGUCUGCAUAUACGAAGUUUGUCGUAGAAUUAGAAGCUGCGAGUGCAGGCUCUGUUGUUGUCUGCCUCUCGAGGAAAACUUGAUACCCUUUGAUUUUUCUUCAAUAUGUGAAAUGGCUUCUGAUUUUCUCUA